AAGGGCAGUUCUCUUAUUCAGGGCUUGACAUUUAAUUCCUCUGCCUUCUCGCUCAGAAAUUGCGACUUUUACUACUCUAACGCCCAUUUGCCCCCCUCUUCUCUGAUAGGAAAUCGAGAGUUCGUUAAUCAUGAGCUCAAGCACUCCGGCACAAUGCGUCGGUCCCAGUUAUCGCUCGGAGGAGCAGAAGCCCACAGCAACAGUGUCGACACCUAUCUCCCAUGAUAAUGUGCACAUUUUACCGCAGACCCCUCAGCUCAUCGCGCUUUUGACCAUGAUCCGCGAUAGAGAGACUGCCCGAGCAGACUUCAUCUUCUAUUCGAACCGCAUUAUUCGUCUGUUGGUAGAGGAGGGCCUUAAUCAUCUGCCAGUCAUUGAGCAUACCAUCACGACACCCAUUGGAAGAACAUAUUCUGGGGUCAAAUUCCAGGGCAAGAUUUGCGGUGUAUCAAUCAUGAGGGCCGGAGAGGCGAUGGAGCAAGGCUUGCGGGACUGUUGUCGAUCGGUGCGGAUUGGCAAGAUAUUGAUUCAGCGCGACGAGGAAACAAGCAAGCCCCGUCUGUUCUACGAUAAGCUUCCUGAAGAUAUUGCCGAUAGAUGGGUACUUUUGCUAGACCCAAUGUUUGCAACAGGUGGAUCAGCCAUAAUGGCGGUUGAGGUACUCAAGUCUCGCGGUGUUCCCGAGGAUCGAAUCUUGUUCCUCAACCUCAUCGCCAGCCCCGAAGGUAUCAAUAAUUUUGCAGAGCGAUUCCCCAAACUUAGAGUGGUGACUGCAUUCGUCGACAAGGGCCUUGAUGAGAAGAACUACAUUGUUCCCGGUCUAGGAGAUUUUGGUGAUCGAUUUUAUACUAUGUAAAGUAGUCGAUAAAUACCCAGGGCAUGGAAAAUGUCCUUGCAUGAGCAUAGAGCCAAUUGCAUUUCUAGCAAAAAUUUCUCAAAAGUGCUGCAUGUAGGAUGUCUCAGAAAACAGGCUGCGCGACUCGGAGAACCACCCUAGAUAUGGCAAACCUGUCUCUUCCUUCAAAACUAUCCUCUCACAG